CCUCACGCUGACUCAGCAUGUCUGCAGCUUUAUAAGGAGGCGGCGAUGCUCAGUCCGUUACCACUGAGACGAUGGCCUGGCUGCUCCGCAUCUCCUGCAUCCUGCUCUGCUGCCCGGCGCUGCUGCAGGGCAAAGCUUCAGAGUACCAGCUGGACUCGGAGACCCUCAGCCAAUGUGAGUCACUGAGGGGCGUCGCUGUUGCCAAGCAACAAGAUCACAUCCCUCACUGUGCAGAGGAUGGCAGGUUCAGACCUGUACAGUGCAGUGGGCGGAGUCAGGAGUGUUGGUGUGUGGAUGCUGAAGGUCAGGAGGUCGCCGGGACUCGAACCAACAGCUCUGCGCCUCAUUGUCCGACCGCCUGUCAGCUGCAGUCGCUGCUGCGCUGUUCUGCUUCAGGCCAGUUUGAGGAGGUGCAGUGUGAGUCCAGCAGGGGGCAGUGUUGGUGUGUGGACCAGGACGGCAUGGAGCUGUACGGGACCAGACAGAACGGCCGACCCGCCCGCUGUCCUGGCAGCUGUGAGGUGAGGACGAGGCGUCUCCUCCACACCUCCAUGUCUCCUCCUCCUCCUCCUCCUCAGUGUGAUGAAGGCGGCAGCUUCCUCCCUGUUCAGUGUAAAUUCAUCAACACCACAAACAGAGCAGAGCUGGACCUGCUGCACGCAUUCAACAGGUUUCCUGAAGCCUUCGAGACGUUCAGUAGUUUCAGGAAGUUUUUCCCGCUGCUUUCUUCAUACUGUUUCUGUUCAGACAGCAGAGGAAGAGAGAUGGAAAACACAGGUAUGGAGCUGCUGCUGUCUGAGGUGUACGACUCGGCGUUCUCAGGUCUUCGUUCUGGUCGCUCCUUCGCUCAGACCAACAUCUACAGGGUCCUGCAGAGGAGGAUGCUGGGAGUUCGGCUCGCCCUCACCGGACACUUCAGAUGUCCUUCUCCAUGUGAGGAGGAGCGGCGGGCGGCGAUGGCGGCGUCCAGCGUCUUCGUUCCGUCCUGUGAGUCCGACGGAUCCUUCACCUCCACACAGUGUCAGCAGGGGGGGCAGUGCUGGUGUGUCGACCCCACAGGCAGAGAACUUCCUGGGACGCGACAGUUUGGAGACUCCCUGGUCUGCCGUUCUGGUCCGGUCGACUGCCUGUCUCAGCGUCGCCUGGCUCUGUCCCGGCUCUUCUCCGGUCCGGUUGAACCUCCUCUCCAGACCUCCUCUGACAGAUCUCCAGCCUCCUGCCUCUCCCUCCUCCGUCCCCUCAGGAACAUCCUGCCAGCAGAAAUGGAUCCGACUUCCUUCCUCUCAAGCCUGGUUCAGGUCCUCCACGGUCUCCUGCCCUCGGUGGGCGGGGCUCUGCAGGCUCUAACCCGAUCCUCGCCACAGCGCCUCCAGGAGAACCUGUUUGGAGGAAAGUUCCUGAAGAGCGCUGCAGCCUUCAACUUCAGCGGGUCGGUGGGAGCUCAGGGAGCUCUCGGUCUGGGCCAGCUGUCCUCUCAGACCACCGUCCUGCAGAAGAACCGGGACCUGGUCCAGUCCGUCAGCAGGGCCCUGGAGGAUGCCACCUUCCUGUCCGCCCUCCAGAACACUCUGAUGGGUCUCAGCAGCUCUCAGUCUGCCUCACUGCAACAGGUUCUGACUCCUCUGCUGCGUUCCUGCUCUGGUGACCAGGAGGGUGAAGGUUCUAUCUUUGUUCCCAGCUGUACGUCCAGCGGUGGUUUCCAGGACAUCCAGUGUGGCGGUGCAGAGUGUUGGUGUGUCGACUCUCAGGGUCAGGAGGUCACCGGGUCGCGGACCGCCGGCCGUCGGCCUCGCUGUCCGACCCACUGCGAGAAGGCCCGAGAGCUGGCCCUGAGGGUCAGAUCAAACAUGGCUGCCGGCGCUGAAAUCCACAUCCCAGCAUGUUCGGAGGACGGAAACUUCCUGCCGCUGCAGUGCGUCGGAUCACGCUGCUUCUGUGUGGACGCUGAGGGGAAGACGAUGAUCGGCGGACCAACAGGGGGCGCCGUCACAUGUUCAGAGAAAAUGACACAGAAUCUUCAGUCCUCUGCAGGUCGGUGCUCGCAGGCGUUGGCUGAGGUCACAGCUUUCAGACAGGAAGUGAAGAACAUCAUCGCCCUCUCAAACUCCUCCCACCUCCCUCUGGGUUAUGGAUUCCUAUUGGCUGAAGGUCUACGUCUGACCUCUGAGGAGCUCCAGAUCAGCCAAUCAGAGGAGGAGUUGCGGCUCUCUGAUAGGCUGCUGAGCCGCUCCAAAGCUGCUCUGCGAUUGGCUGCUUUCUCCACGGUCCAGAUGUUGCUGCCUCCUCGACGUCGCACCUACCAGAUGUUCACUCCUCAGUGUGACGCUGACGGACGCUGGAUGGUCACCCAGUGUUACCACAGCACAGGUCAGUGUUGGUGUGUUGAUGAAGAUGGAGAAUACAUCCCCGACUCUCUGACCAGCCGCUCGGUCCACCUGCCCAGAUGUCUGACUCGCUGUCAGAGAGCUGACGCUCACUAUUUGCUCUCUGGUUGGAUGAAAGGCAUCACCGCCACGUCAGCCUACCUGCCGCAGUGUGAGCAGGACGGUCGGUUCUCAGUGCUGCAGACAGGAGGCGCUGCAGGAUGGUGUGUGAACCCUCAGACUGGAGAGACAAUACGAGCAGCGUCGCAGAAUGCCGCAGGACAGCUGACAUGUCCCAGCUGGUGUGAGCUGCAGGGGCUCCAGUGUCGCCCUGACGGCUCCUUCGCCCCACUACAGUGCGACGCCGCCACCUGCUGGUGUGUGUCAGAGGAUGGACAGGAAGUGGGCGGGACUAGAACACCCCGACAGGCGGGACGCUCGCCAUCAUGUGACCGUCCCCUCUGUCCCACCCCAGUUAUUACCCAUGGUGCACUGCUGUGCCGCCCGGCCGCCAACGGACGUCAGAGCUGUGACCUCAUCUGUCACCACGGUUACCAGAACUCGCUUGGCAUCAGCAGCUUCCAGUGUGAGACGGCAACUCAGCAAUGGGAUGAUGGACCACUGAGCUCCGCCUGCCAGAUCUCUCAGCCUCUCCAGUCGGUGUCGUCCUCUCAGCUCUGGUUGUUGUCGUCGUCCUGCUCUCAGAUCAGCUCGUUACAGUCUCAGCUGUUCAGCAUGAUGACCAGCAGGGGGCUCUGCUCUGCACAGCUUCCUGUGUCGCGCCGCUCUGUGUCGCUGUGUGACGACUCCUCGCUGAGCCUUCGCUGCGACGCCGACGACUCGCUGAGGUUAACGCUCACCUGGACCGCCGCCAUGUCUGACCUGCCGACUGCUGACCUCCCCGACCUGCACGACAUCGGAGUCUUCCUAAACGAGUCCAGACUUCUGGAAGGAGUGCAGGGAAUUCUGGGUAACGUCCGCUCCAUGCUCACAUCAGAGCCAACGCUGGUUUCUAUGACGACACCGAACUUCGGCUGUUCCCGUGGUUACCGCCUGAGCAGUGACGGUGACGGCUGUGUGGUUUGUCCUGCUGGUAGUUUCUCCAGGGAGGGGGCGUGUCUUCUGUGUCCACAGGGAACCUACCAGGACGAAGAAGGGCGGGACUUCUGCAACAGGUGUCCCAGCGGCUCCUCACCUGCCGGAGCUUCAUCCGUCGAUCUGUGUAUGACAGAGUGUCAAGGCCGGGGCCUGCGGUGUUCACAACGAGGCGACUUUCUGCCAGCGCAGCCCGACCUGCAGUCCGGCAGGUGGAGGUGUUUCAGCAGCGAGGGGGCGGAGCUUAAGUGGACGAGCAGCGAUGCGACUCUGACCGAUGCUGAGUGCUCAGUUCUCAGGAAGUUUGAGGAGGUUCCUCGAUCAGACCUGACAGUCGGAGCUGAAGAUGCUGAAGUCCUGCAGACGAUGACGUCUGACCUCACAACCUGUAUCCAAGCCUGUGCAGUAGAGCCGUCCUGCCACCAUGUGGCGCUCUUCAACAGACAGACUCAGUGUGAACUGUACAGCACAAACACAGUGAACACACACUGCAACGCCUCCCAACAGUCCAGCGGGUUUCUGGGUGAUCUGCAGGCCGAGCACUUUGACGGCCUCAGCUGCUCUCUGAGAGUGAGGGGCGGGGCUUCGGAUCUGCUGGUCAUCAGGAAGAAAGGGAUGGAGUUUUCCUCACGGCAGCGGCAGCAAAGCUUCGUGAGGAUGAGGAUGAUGAAGGCGCUCUCAGGUGUGUUCAGGACUCAGGUGUUCUCCUCCAGGCGAAGCUCUCUCUCGGACGUUCACCGUUUCUGUCAGGAUGGCUGCAGCCGCGACGCCUGCUGUGACGGGUUCAUCCUCAACCAGAACGCCCUGGACGGAGGUACUCUGCUCUGUGGUUGGCUGAGAGCUCCGUCAGUGUUGAUGUGUGGGGAGCAGGACUGGGAUGUGAUUGGACAGGGCGUGGCCAGUCGGAUGUGUGGGGCAGGGCUUACCUACAAGAAGGAGCAAGGCAACUUCGUGUUCGACUUCGGAGGACAAAAGUUCACCAUCAGUGGCUCAGCACUGCCAGCUGACAGUAAGAACAAGAAGGACUACCAGACCUCCAUCAUCAGCUUCCAGUCCAUCUACCUGAACUCUGAUUCAGCCGUCAGCAGUUCUGGUUCUGGUUCCUCUUCCUGCCCUGCAGCAGAGCCCAAUCCUCCCCUGGAUGAAUCGGUGCAGCAGAAGUUUGAGUCUCUGUCUGCCGAUGACGUCCUGGUGGAUCCUCAGAGGAAGCUUCCUGUUCUGUCCUUCCUGCUCAACAAGAACAACUACAACUCCCAGCAGGCUUUGCUCUGGUGUCUCACCCGCUGCGAUGCAGAGCUGGAGUGUUCGGUCGCUGACCUCAGAGACGCUGCAGGUUUCUUCAGCUGCUCGUUGUUUCCUGACAGCAGCGUCUGCGGCGCCUACGACAAACCUCUGAGACGGCCGUGUCGCCCCGUGCUGGACCGGACACCCAACAACACCUACAGCAAGAAGGUGAACCUGUCUGGACCAGUGAAGAGUUUCUACGAGAGAGUUUCCUUCCAGAAGAUGGUUUCUUAUUCGGUUCGCAGCAGAGUCCCCCUGAAAGCAAACACUCCGCUGUCUGAAGGGUUCAUGGACUGCGAGCGACGCUGUGAUGAGGAUCCUUGUUGCCGUGGUAUCGGCUUCGUCCGUGACACCAAAUCUCCAGGUGGAUCAGAGGUUGUGUGUCUCGCUCUCAUCAGUCUCGGCGUUCAGACCUGCAGUGAUGCCGACUCGACCUCAUGGAUGACUCAGGACUGUCGACCGUCUGCAGUAAAGACAUCACCAGAGCCUUUCGGCUGGUACCAGAAACCAGUCAAUCAGUGGAGUUCAUCUCCAGCUCUGUGUCCUCCGUUCAACCUACCGCCAACCAAAAACAACGUGUCGAUGGACGAAUGGCGUCUCCUCUCUGACUCAUCCGUCGCCAUCGAUCCGUCUCUUGCUACGUAUGAUGUCAUCCAUGUGAGCCGUGACAUUGCCACCAACCGGGACAAGACCAGGGACUGGUGUCUCCAUGCCUGUCAUCAGGCGGAGUCUUGUGCUGCCGUGUCACUCAGAGAGGCGGAGUCUGCUACGCGCUGUGUCCUCUACCCCGACACGACCGCCUGUGGGUUAAGCUCUGCCCCGGGCUCCUCCAGCCCCGCCUACUCCUGCCGAACAGUUCUCAGAGAGCCCGCCUCCCAGGUGUACCUGAGAGCAGAGCGGUUGCCAUCGGUGACGUCCGUCUCCAUCCCGGGUCAUGGCAUCCUACGGGGCAUUGCCAUGGAAACAGCGCUGGGAUCAGACAGGAGGACGGUGGUUCAGUUCCUCGGAGUCCCGUACGCUCGUCCUCCAAUAGGAUCGCUCCGCUUUGAAGCAGCUCAGCCAGCUGAUUGGUUGGGAACCUGGGAUGCCACAAAACCACGCUCCAGCUGUGUUCAGCCCGGUGACGUUGAGUCUGCAGCCUCCAGUGAGGACUGUCUCUACCUGAACAUCUUCACUCCUGCUGCUCUGAGGGGGCGUGUCCCAGUCCUGGUUUUCUUCUUCAACCCUUCAGCCAAUCAAAGCCCAGGACUGCUGGAUGGCUCCGUCCUCGCAGCUGUGGGUAACAUCAUCGUGGUAACAGCCAGCUACCGGACAGCAGCGCUGGGAUUCCUGAGCACAGGUGCAUCUGGUCUCCGCGGUAACUACGGCCUGUCGGAUCAGGAGGCGGUGCUUCGUUGGGUCCACGCCCACAUCUCCCUGGUGGGCGGAGAUAACACCAGGGUGACCGUGGGGGCGGAGCGUGGCGGCGCUGACAUCACCAGCCUCCACCUGCUGUCGUCUUCACCUCCUCUGUUCCAGCGGAUGAUGCUGAUGGGAGGUUCUGUGUUUUCUCCGGUGCUGAUCCAGACUCCCUCCACCUCCAGACGUCAGGCGAUCGAUCUGGCCGCAGAACUUGGCUGUCCAACCUCUGACGACGACAAGAUGGCCUCCUGCCUCAGAGCGGUGCCGAUGCAGCAGCUGAACACCGCUCAGACGAAGCUGCUUGCCGUCAGAGGCCCGUUUCAGUCCUGGUCUCCGGUCCGUCAGUCCGUCUCCCAGCCGGCAUCCUUCCACAGAGUCGACCUUCUGCUGGGAACCUCUGAGCACGACGGUCUAAUCAGCCGGGCUCGCAGGAUAAAGGACUUCGAGGUUCUGCAGGGUCGAGCCGAUGGGAAGACGGCGUUCUACGAGGCUCUGAGCCGCUCACUGGGCGGAGCCUCUGGAAACCCACUGCUGAAGGAGGCGGCGACCUGGUUCUACUCUCUGGAUCACAGUCCUUCAGCUGCUGGAUACAACCUGUUCUCCAGAGCACUCAACAACGCCACCAGAGAUCUGUUCAUCAUCUGUCCGACACUGCAGAUGGCCAGUCACUGGGCGAAGAGCAACGCUAACGUCUUCCUGUUCCACCAACCAGACAGCAGCGCUCACAGCAGGGCUGAUGUGUCGGUUCCUCUGGACGUCCAGUUUGUUUUUGGGGCUCCUCAUCAUCCACUCAGCUCUCAGCGUUUCAGUUCCUCUGAUCGCCGCCUCUCAUUGGCCGUGAUGAGCUACGCCUCCAGCUUCAUACAAAGCGGGAACCCGAACCCAUCGCGUGUGUGGGCGGAGUCAGCACUGCCCCGCUGGCAGCCCGUCCUGUCCUCUGAGGUCCCACCCACCUACCUGGAGCUAAGCCCCGCCCUCCAGCACCAGGAGGGUCUGAGUCAGAAUGCCUGCUCCUUCUGGAGACAGCUGGGAACCAGACUGACCAGUUCAACAGGCGAGUUGGGGGCGGAGCCUGUCCAGCCUGCUGAGCUCCCAUUGGCUGCUCCAUCCAGCCAAUCACAGACCGAGAAAGAUGCCUACAGUUGAACUGAUGACAUCACCACAUCACCUCAGUUGACAUCACACAGCUUCGUUUCCCAUAAUUCUGUUUGAUUUUCCAAUCAUCAGUUUCCAAUCAUCAAUAAAAGCAUCUGAAACUCC